ACUAUUUGUUUGAAAAUGAGGAAAGAAGACCACUAAUGGAGUAAUGAGCAGAGAAGGCAACAAAUAAAGAGAAAGUGAAAAAAAUUUCGUCAGCAGAAAGAUAGAGAAAGAAGAAGCUAAACCCUAGAUUUGUUUUCUGACUCAAAGUAGAGAUUUUUUUUUUUUUUUUUUAGAUUUGACAAAUCAGAUCUUUCAAGGGAAAGAAAGAAAGAAAGAGAGAAAUUUCAUCAUUUAUUUGGACGGAGCCUGGUGAAUUGUUAUUGGUUUGGUUGUGAAUAUCAAUCUGCUGUUCGAGCUUUAGUGAUUCGGCCGAGGAUUUUGUCGCUUUGUCGUUGAGAAAUUUGUUGAAUUAAAUUCCCACCUGUAAAGAUGAUAUCCAGAUCAUAUACGAAUUUAUUAGAUCUAGCCUCCGGGAAUUUUCCGGUAAUGAGCCGUGAAAGGGGUGAAAGAAAGCGUCUUCCACGCGUAAUGACUGUUCCAGGGGUUAUAUCUGAGCUUGAUGAUGAUCAAGCGAAUAGUGUUACCUCGGAUGUUCCUUCCUCUAUUGCCGUCGAUCGUGUAAUUAUAGUGGCUAAUCAGCUUCCUGUAAAAGCCAAGCGCAGACCGGAUAAUGUUGGUUGGAGUUUUAGCUGGGAUGAAGAUUCAUUGUUGCUAAACAUAAAGCACGGCUUACCGGAGGACAUGGAGGUUAUAUAUGUAGGUUCUUUAAGAGUGGAGGUGGACUCUAGUGAACAGGAUGAUGUUUCACAGUUGCUAUUGGAUAAAUUUAAGUGUGUACCAGCAUUCUUACCUGCAGACAUCUUGGCCAAAUACUACCAUGGAUUCUGUAAGCAGCAUCUAUGGCCACUUUUCCAUUACAUGCUGCCUUUUUCUGCUAGUCAUGGGUGUCGAUUUGAUCGCUCUUGGUGGGAGGCAUAUGUGGCAGCAAACAAAAUCUUCUCACAGAAAGUUAUUGAAGUGAUAAAUCCUGAUGAUGAUUACGUUUGGAUUCAUGAUUAUCAUCUCAUGGUUCUCCCCACCUUCCUGCGAAGGCGUUUUAAUCGGUUACGAAUGGGCUUUUUCCUGCACAGCCCCUUCCCCUCAUCAGAGAUUUACCGAACUCUACCAGUAAGAGAGGAGAUUCUAAAGGCAUUGUUGAAUGCCGAUCUUAUUGGCUUUCACACCUUUGACUAUGCCCGGCAUUUCCUUUCUUGCUGUAGUCGUAUGCUUGGUUUGGAAUAUCAGUCAAAGAGAGGCUAUAUUGGGUUAGAAUACUAUGGAAGGACAGUGGGGAUAAAGAUAAUGCCUGUUGGGAUUCACAUGGGACAGAUUGAAUCUGUGCUGAAGCUUGCUGAUAAAGAGUGGAGAGUUGAAGAGCUCAAGCAACAAUUUGCAGGAAAAACUGUGCUUCUUGGAGUUGAUGACAUGGACAUCUUCAAAGGCGUAAAUUUGAAGCUUUUGGCCAUGGAACAAAUGCUCAACCAGCAUCCUAAGUGGCGUGGAAGGGCAGUGCUAAUUCAGAUUGCUAAUCCUGCCCGUGGGAAAGGAAAGGAUCUUGAGGAGAUACAAGAAGAAAUAAAAGAAAGCUGUAAGAGAAUAAAUGAUAACUUCAGGCAGCCGGGUUAUGAACCCAUUGUCUUCAUUGAUAGGCCGGUUUCUCUCACUGAAAGAGCUGCCUAUUACACAGUUGCAGAAUGCGUUGUUGUCACUGCAGUACGAGAUGGAAUGAACUUGACUCCAUAUGAGUACAUAAUAUGCAGGCAAGGAAUCCCAGGCUCCGAGUCAAGUUCCGGAUCCAAUGCUCCCAGGAAAAGCAUGCUAGUGGUAUCUGAGUUCAUUGGGUGUUCUCCUUCGCUGAGUGGAGCUAUUCGCGUCAACCCUUGGAAUGUGGAAGCAACAGCUGAAGCACUGCAUGAAGCUAUCUCAAUGAAUGAUGCUGAGAAGCAAUUGCGCCAUGAGAAGCAUUAUAAGUAUGUUAGCACCCAUGAUGUAGCAUAUUGGUCGCGGAGCUUCUUCCAAGACUUGGAAAGAACUUGCAAGGAUCAUUUUAGAAGGCGCUGUUGGGGAAUUGGUCUGAGCUUUGGUUUUAGGGUUGUUGCACUUGAUCCGAAUUUCAGAAAGUUGUCAAUUGACACAAUUGUAUCUGCCUAUGCAAGAUCUAAAAAUCGGGCGAUACUGAUGGAUUAUGAUGGGACUGUGAUGCCGCAAACAACAAUUAAUAAAGUUCCAAGUCAGGAAGUUAUUUCAAUUAUUAACAAACUCUGUAGCGAUACAAGAAAUACUGUGUUUCUAGUUAGCGGGCGUGGGAGGGACAGCUUAGGCAAAUGGUUUUCUCCCUGCAAGAACCUUGGCAUUGCCGCUGAACAUGGAUACUAUUUGAGGUCUAUAAUCUGCUUUGAUUUACUUCUAUGUUCUAUGUUUCUGUCCAAGGUUGUUAACAUCUUAUUGUUUAUAUCUUUUUAGGUGGUCAUCGGAGGGAGAGUGGGAAACAUGUGGCCAGAGCAAUGAUUUUGCCUGGAUGCAAUUAGCUGAGCCUGUGAUGAACUUGUAUACUGAAUCUACUGAUGGAUCUUAUAUAGAAAAGAAAGAAAGUGCAAUUGUUUGGCACCAUAGGGAUGCAGAUCCAGAUUUUGGUUCGGGUCAGGCAAAGGAAAUGUUAGACCAUCUUGAAAGCGUGCUGGCAAAUGAGCCUGUUGCUGUGAAAAGUGGUCAGUUUAUUGUAGAAGUGAAACCCCAGGUAUGCCAUCUUUAAAAUUGAAGCCUCAUCUCCCAUGAAAUGUGUUCUUUCUUGUCCUUUAGUUCUGUACCUAGAAUAUUAUAGCGGCUGUUGUCAUGGUAUAUAUAUUUUAUUUUAGUAGUACACGACUCAAAAAUUUUGAUAUUUAAGAUAUGUGGGAAAAAUUGCAUUGAGGUGACAAGUGAUAGUUCAUGUUGAUUGUUGAUAAUGGAAACUGAUAUGAUUUUGUUGUGACUGAUUAAGUGAAUUGUAUGAAUGAUUGAGUUCAUAGUUAAGCCUUUGUCCUGAUCUACAUUUGAGUACAUUGAGGUGUGUGCAUUGGUGUCCAUGCCAAAUCAGCAGCUUUUGCAUCUCAUAUCUCCAGGCUCUUGGACACAAUUUUGAAAGUUCCUUUUUUGUUAGUGACUGUACAGAGUAAUUGAUAUAACUAUCUAAUAAUUAUAUGAUCUCUCCGACUUUGAGUGCAAAAGGCGGAUCAUCACUAGGUAUUCCUACAGAUUAAGUAAAAGAAUUAAAGACCCAGUCCCAUUACUUUGAGGUUUAAUUUGAGGUUCUCUUUCUUAUGUAACCGUCACACCAAACCCCCCAAAAUCUCUUUUGUAUAUCUGUUGUUUUUCCCUUGUGGGUAGAAGUCAUUUUCUCUUGCUAUGGCUUGAUAAUUUAAUUUAGCUUCCUUUUUUUAUAUUAUAUCUUCUCUUGUUGGUUAUGUUUGUAACUGGAUGAUGUCUUAGUGAACAAGGUUCUCUUGUUGGUCCUUUUUCUAUCUGUACGUUCUUGUCUGCUUCCUUUGCUUGUCAGCUUAGCUGUUUUGAUUGGCAACAACUUAAGGUGUUGUAUCAUAAACAUAUUGAUUAUACUUAUGAGUGUGUUUAAUCGGGUUGCUGUUAUCACAGGGAGUCAGCAAAGGUAUAGUAGCUGAGAAGAUCUUUGCAUCAAUGGCUGACAUGGGACGGCAAGCUGAUUUUGUACUGUGCAUUGGCGAUGAUAGAUCUGAUGAAGACAUGUUUGAAAUAAUCGGUGAUGCCAUGAGUAGAGGCAUCCUUUCCGCUUCCACAUCAGUAUAUGCCUGCACAGUUGGCCAGAAACCAAGUAAAGCCAAAUAUUAUUUAGAUGACACCACCGAGGUUGUAAUGAUGCUUGAAUCCCUUGCUGAUGCUUCAGAUUCUCAACCGCCCUUAUUGAGUAUAUCAGGCAGCUCUGUUUAAAGAUGACCGUCAGGCUUCCAUAACAUUUUGAGUGGCCUGUCCUCAGACUGUAAAGUGUUCUAGCUGUUCAUAUGAAAAAUGAGUGAAUGAUGACGCGAUGCUCGAUGUGAUUUCUUGGCGGCACACUUUUAACUUUGAAGAAGUCAUUGGUGACAGGAGGCAAUGGGUUUAUUCAAACCAUGAGAAAAUUGGGGAAGAGUGUCACAACUCACAAGAGUUUGCAGGAUUGAUUCAUUGAUGAGAAAAAUACACAAAUAAAGAAGCACUCCCCGAUUUGUUCGAUAGUCCAUUCAGCUGUAUAAUUCAUUCUUACAUGGGCUGAUGCUCUAUGUGGUUUAGUUUCUUCUGCAUCAGGCAUUCUUUUCAGGUACUUACCAUGUAGAUGGUAACAUGAAGCUCUGGCAGGCGGUGAUUGAUCGAGAUUCUUGGCUUUGGGGAUACAGACUUACAUAACAUUGUAUACAGAUCUUUCCUUUCUUUUCUUUUUUCCUCAUUGUUUUUGGGUGACAUACUCAAUUGACAGCAAAAAUGACUGGAUCCCAAAUAGAUGUAAAUGUUAAUAGAAAAAUUUUGGCUCACCGUUCUCCUAUUUAUCUUGUAAUUGCAUUCGGAAGUUUGGUAUCCAAAUCGUGAUUGUAGCGGGAAACUACUAAUUGUGAGUUGAGUUCUGCUCUAUUAUAAUUGCCGGUGCAUAUGAAAAUAUAGUCUGCAAAACAAAAAGCCCA